CUGCUUCCCCACUUCUGAGAAUUUGGAGAAAAAAAUUCUGCCCAAUAGGCCAAUACACUCAUUUCCUUUUCCAUCCCCUGUUCGUCGUCUAUCCUUCUUCCCUCCACAAAAUCAGUGUUCAGUAGUCAAUGAAAACAAUCAUCUUUCUUCUCCCCCCGCAAGAAAGCAGAAGAAAAGCAAGACUAGUAGUAUAGUUUAUUCAUGGCAGCGACUUAUUAGACAUGCUUCUCCUCCCUGGAGUCUUCCCACCAAAUCCAACCACUCCCCUGUUUCUUGCUCCAUUGCUGCGGACUGAACGAUGAAAGUAUGAAGCUUUCAAUUUGAUCAUCUUCCCCAUCCAUGAAAGGCUCCAACUUUCCGCUUUUCCUUGUUGCCCUUCUCCUCCCCUUCUUCGCACUUUCCACUCUCGCCGCCGACACAAUCGCGGUCAACCAAUCCGUCGCCGACAACCAGAGCCAGACCCUCGUCUCCUCCGGCGGCAGCUUCGAGCUUGGCUUCUUCACCCCUAGCUCCAGCAGCAGCAGCUCAUCGUCGUCGAAUCUCCGGUACCUCGGAAUCUGGUACAACUUCUCCAAGCAAUCCGUCGUCUGGGUCGCCAACCGAGAUUCCCCUCUCACCGAUUCCUCCGGCGUCCUCCAGCUCGCCGCCGACGGCUCCCUCCGUCUCCUCAACUCAUCAAACGCGGUCAUUUGGUCUACCAAUAGCACAAAAGCAGCCAACCCAUCUCGAACUCCACUCGCCAAACUUCUCGACUCCGGAAACCUCGUCGUCGGAGAAUCCGACUCCGACGAUUACCUCUGGCAGAGCUUCGAUUACUUGAGCGACACGAUCCUCCCGGGGCUCGAAUUCGGGCACAAUAGAGAAACCGGCCGAGACCGUUACCUAACCUCGUGGAAAUCCGCUGAUGAUCCUUCCCCUGGCGACUGCACGACCCGGCUUGACCCGGACGGGUACCCGCAAAUCUUUAUCCGGAAAGGUGAGAACAUCGUCUUCCGGUCCGGCCCAUGGAAUGGGCUCCGGUUCAGCGGAAUGCCCAAUCUGAAGCCCAACCCAAUCUACACCUACGAGUUCGUCUACAACUCCAAGCAAAUCUACUACCGCUACGACCUAACUGACAAAUCUGUGAUUUCCCGGCUGGUGCUGGACAACCAAGGGAUUCUCCAGCGGUUCACCUGGACCACCAGCACAAGGACAUGGAACCUCUAUCUGACGGCGCAGAUGGACAAUUGCGACCGGUACCGGCUUUGCGGCCCGUACGGGAGCUGCAACAUCAACAAUUCGCCGCCGUGCGGUUGCCUGAUCGGGUUCGAGCCGAGGUCGCGGCAGGAUUGGGAUUCAGGGGACUGGUCCGGCGGGUGCGUGAGGCGGAACGAUUCGGUUUGUGGUGUUGGCGAAGGGUUUCAGAGGAUUGUGAGCGUGAAGCUGCCUGAUACGAGUAAGGCGUCGUUCAAUGCUAGUAUGGAUUUGGGGGAAUGCGAGGCGACUUGCUCGAAGGAUUGCUCUUGUACGGCUUAUUCUACUCUGAACAUUACUGAUGGAAGCGGGUGCUUGCUUUGGUUUGGUGAUCUUGUUGAUGUUCGAGAGUAUACUGAGAAUGGUCAGGAUUUCUUCAUCCGGCUGGCAGCUUCUGAUCUGGUGUCAGUUGGCGGCUCAAAAAGGAAGACCAGGCUAUGGAUCAUAGCUGUGUGUCUACUGGCGGUGGGGAUUGCAGCUCUAGGCUUCUUCUUGAUCUUCCGGUUCAGAAGGAAAAGGCUUCGGAGACCAGCAAGCAUCAUGAUGAUACAAGAAAGAGACCAGACGGUGGAUGAAUCUCGAGAGCACGAACUUGAGUUGCCGCUGUUUGAUUUCUCGACGAUAACCAAGGUGACUGACCUUUUCUCUGAAAGCAGAAAGCUUGGAGAAGGUGGUUUUGGAUCAGUGUACAAGGGUGUGUUUAAAGAUGGACAAGAGGUAGCGGUGAAGAGGCUAUCGAAGGAUUCGACACAAGGACUCGAUGAGUUCAAGAACGAAGUCAUAACCAUUGCCAAACUCCAACACAGAAACCUCGUGAAGCUUUUGGGCUGUUGCAUUGAGAAAGAAGAGAAGGUUUUGGUUUAUGAAUACAUGCCCAACAAAAGCUUGGAUGCCUUCAUUUUUGAUCCAAAGCAGAGGAAACUACUGGAUUGGCCAAUGCGGUUCCACAUCAUAAAUGGGAUUGCUCGGGGUCUGCUGUAUCUACAUCAAGAUUCCAGGCUGAGAAUCAUUCACAGAGACCUUAAAGCGAGCAAUGUACUGUUGGAUUAUGACAUGAAUCCCAAGAUCUCAGAUUUCGGGAUGGCCAGGAUUUUCGGUGGUAAUGAAACCCAAGGCAACACGAAAAGGGUUGUUGGAACAUAUGGAUACAUGUCUCCAGAGUACGCCAUAGAUGGGCUUUUCUCCAUCAAAUCGGACGUUUUUAGCUUCGGAGUCCUGGUACUGGAGAUUAUAAGUGGGAAGAGAAACAGAGGAUUUUAUCACGAGGAUCACAAACACAACCUUCUAGGCCACGCGUGGAGGCUGUACAGAGAAGGGAAGCCUGAAGAAGUGAUGGACGAAACUAUGAACGAUUCGCAGGUGCUAUCAGAAGUUGUGAGGUGCAUCCAUGUGGCUCUGCUGUGUGUUCAACAAGCUCCUGAGGACAGGCCUAAGAUGUCGAAUGUGGUUUUGAUGUUGAGCAGCGAUAUUCUGCUGCCUGAACCAACAGAGCCUGGGUUUUUCACUGAAAGGAAAGUGUUUGAUCAAGAAUCAUCUUCCAGUAAGGUUGAUACAUGUUCUACCAAUGAGAUCACCAUUACAUUGUUGACUGCUCGAUAGAAGGCCUCCCAUUCUUUCGUGUUCAUUGACAUAUAAUCAAAAUCAUUCCAUCAGUGAUUUGUGUUCAUGGUUUGUUCAUUUGUUCUGCUCAGUGUAUAUUCCUUUUGCUGAUCCAUUUCCCAAGUGGAUAAAAGGGAAAAUAACUAAAGAUAUUUAAGAUGAUACGAUCUAAAUAGGAUCUAAUUCGAUCCAAAACUAAAUAAAUAGCAUUUGGGUCA